AGUUAUUGGCUGAAAUUCGUCGAGAUGUUCGGGCGCAAGAAGGAGAAAAAGGAGAUUUAUAGCUUUGAGGAUCUGACACGCUUCCCGAUGGUCUUCUACAAGACGAUCGGCGAGGAUCUGUAUUCGGAACGUGAUAAGAAUCUGGUGCGUCGCUAUCUGCUGCGAUUCUACUUGGUGUUGGGCUUUCUCAACUUCAAUGCGUAUGUGGUCGGCGAGAUAGCGUACUUCAUCGUCCACAUAUCGUCGACGACAACUCUGCUGGAGGCGACCGCUGUGGCGCCCUGCAUCGGCUUCAGUUUCAUGUCCGACUUCAAGCAGUUCGGCUUGACGGUGAAUCGAAAGAUCUUGGUCAAGCUGCUGGACGAUCUGAGCGAGAUCUUUCCACUCACCAAGCAGCAGCAGGAGGCCUACAAUGUGGCCUACUACGACAAGCACAUGAAUCGCGUCAUGUGGCUAUUCACGAUACUCUGCAUGACGUACACCUCCUCGUUCAGCUUCUAUCCGGCAAUCAAAUCGACCAUCAAAUACUAUUUCAUGGGCUCUGAGAUAUUUGAGCGCAAUUACGGCUUUCACAUACUCUUUCCCUAUGACGCUGAAACGGACAUCACCAUCUAUUGGAUCUCCUACUGGGGCUUGGCCCAUUGCGCCUACGUCGCCGGCGUCUCCUACGUAUGCGUCGACCUACUGCUCAUCACCACGAUCACCCAGCUGACAAUGCACUUCAACUACAUGGCCGACACGCUGUUGGCCUACAAUGGCGACGAUCACACCGACGAGGAGAACCUGAAGUUUGCCCAAAAUCUUGUGGUUUAUCAUUCGCGUGCCUUGGAUCUCAGUGAGGAGGUGAACAACAUCUUUAGCUUUACGAUUCUGUGGAACUUUAUAGCCGCCUCUCUGGUGAUUUGCUUUGCUGGCUUUCAAAUAACGGCCUCGAAUGUGGAGGAUAUUGUGCUGUAUUUCAUUUUCUUCUCGGCAUCGCUGGUCCAGGUGUUUGUGGUGUGCUACUAUGGGGACGAGAUGAUCUCAUCGAGCUCACGCAUUGGGCAUUCGGCCUUCAACCAUAACUGGCUGUCCUGCGACUCCAAGUAUAAGCAGAUUAUGCGCUAUAUCAUAAUGCGCAGCCAGAAGCCAGCCUCGAUACGGCCGCCCACCUUUCCGCCCAUCUCGUUCAACACGUUCAUGAAGGUAAUCAGCAUGUCGUAUCAGUUCUUCGCACUGCUGCGCACCACGUACUACGGCUGAAUGAGCUCUGAUGCUGAUGAUGAUCAACUGUAGCCAAUUUCACGGAUUGCCAUUGCCCGAUAACAAAUUGUGCAGCUGCUUAAACACGCUAAUUAAUUAUUCUAAUUGAGUUGCAGUUGCUUCAGUAAGCAAACUUUUUUCAUUUAUU